AUGCCUUCAUCACAAUCUCGUUCCCCCAGGAGGGGCCGUCCGAUGCCCUCCAUCGAGCAGAGCACCCAGUCUGCGCAAUCAAACCCCAAACAGGAGAGAGGGGUAGCCAGUGAGCGAUCGCCAUUGCUAUUCCCGACCAGCGAUGACGAGGAUGACGAUGUCGCCGACGGUAACUCGUUUCUGGGAGACCAAGAGGACACCCAACAGACCAAGAGCGUCUGGUAUCUGAUUCUCCUCACCAUCAGCAUCGGCGGUUUGCAAAUUGCAUGGUCUGUUGAGCUGUCCAACGGGUCUCCCUACCUGCUCUCCCUGGGGUUGAGCAAAUCAUUGAUGGCCUUGGUGUGGAUUGCUGGCCCGCUUACCGGCACGCUGGUUCAGCCCUACGUUGGCAUGCUGAGCGACAACUGCCGUCUGCCGUGGGGCAAGCGGAAACCCUUCAUGCUCGGCGGAGCCGUCGCAACCAUUAUCUCCUUGAUGUUCUUGGCUUGGACCAAAGAAAUCGUGGGCGGCGUCUUGGGGCUUCUCGGCGCAGACCUCGAGUCUCAGGCCGUCAAAAACACCGUCAUUUGUGUCGCUGUCGUGGGCAUCUACGUCCUCGACUUUGCCAUCAACACCGUGCAAGCCGCCAUCAGGGCCUUUAUUGUGGACUGUGCGCCGCCCCAUCAACAGGAGGCCGCCAAUGCCAUGGCAAGUCGAAUCACAGGUUUUGGAAAUAUUAUCGGAUACGUCGCGGGGUACGUCAACUUGCCAACCUACCUCUGGUUCCUCGGCGACACCCAGUUCAAGGUCCUGUGUGCUAUUGCCAGCAUAGCCCUUGCAGUAACCAUUGUGGUGAGCACGACUCUGAUCAAGGAACGCGACCCUCGGCUCGAGGGCCCUCCAGUUCUGGGCAAGCCCGGUGUCUUUUCUUUUUUCAAGAAGAUAUUUGCGUCCAUCAAGCGUCUGCCGCCUCAGAUCAGGAGGGUUUGCCAAGUCCAGUUCUGCGCCUGGAUCGGCUUUUUCCCGCUGCUCUUCUACACCUCCUCGUACAUUGGCGAGAUUUACGUCGAGCCUUACCUGGAGGCCAACCCUCACAUGACCCCGGAGGAGCUUGAUCGACUUUACGAACGCGCGACCCGGAUCGGAACCUUUGCUCUUCUCAUCAACUCCGUAGUCAGCUUGCUUACGAACGUCUUCCUCCCAUUCUUCGUUGCCCCCACCUACGACAGUCAGCCGAUCGGUGACCUCCCGGCAGACUCCGACAGCGCAGACUUUGAAAACGAAAAGUCCUCUUGGCUCGAUAAGCUGCAGAUUCCCGGCUUCACCCUCAAGCGCGCAUGGUUCGCCUCCCUCAUCCUCUUUGCCGGCGCCAUGUUCUGCACCGUCAUCGUUCGCACGGUAGAGGCAGCGACGGCUCUGAUCGGUCUGGUGGGAAUCACUUGGGCAAUGACUUUGUGGGCACCCUGGGCCAUCAUCAGCGCCGAGAUCAGCCGAAGAGAUGCAAAGAUCCGGCAAGCGAAGCAACGGCAGUUUAGCCCCAGUAGGAAUGCUGAGGGUCCGGCGUCGCCCUCCUUGAACUCAGUCGCCGACUCCGACCUGAGUGACGGCGAGGAGACCGACCAGGCAGGUGUCAUCCUCGGUAUUCACAACAUGGCCAUCGCCGCUCCCCAGAUCAUCGCCACCGUCGGCUCGAGCAUUAUCUUCCGAAUCUGGCAGAAGCCCCGCGGUACACCAGGCGACCAUUCCAUCGCCAUUGUUCUGGCACUCGGCGGUAUCGCCGUUUUGGUGUCGUCCUUCUUCGUGGCCAGCAUUAAGGAGAGCGCAUCGAUGCCGGCUGACGCCAUGAUCGUCGCCGAGGAGGGCGAGGGUACCGGGGAGCCGGGGAGCCGUCCCGGCACGGCCCGAAACCGCAACAAGAGCUACGAGCAUCUCCCGCGGGCCAGCAUUAAGCGUGCGACCCUCACGAGAAACAAGAGUUUUGGUGGUGCCGAGUACUGA